UCGCCCAUCCCAGCAGCAUAAUUCAGUCUAGCCAAAAUAUUUAUAUAGAGGCGGAACGGGAUCACUUACAACACACUCAUUCACCUAAGCGAAGACUGCUGUCGACACAAGCUACUCAUCAAGUCAAGCGAACUCCCUCUUUUGUUUCAAAGUAUUUAAAAAAGCUUUCUUAGGCUACAUUACACCAAAACCAUUAUAUAACUGCUGGGUUUAACUUUUUUCAUUUGACACAGGUUCUCAGAUUACCAACAUGAGCCUUGUAAUUGCUCUUAAUAUUGUGAUAAUUGUUGUUCUGUGUGAAAUCAUUGGAAGACAUUCUGCAAACGCUGGGAUGUGCUGGCUGCAGCAGAGCCAGGAGCCGCGCUGUGACAUGGUGCUGAUGCGGGGGGUCAGUCACGAGGAGUGCUGUGCUGGUGGCCGCCUGGACACUGCCUGGUCCAACACCAGCCUGCCCAUCAACGAGGUCAGCUUGCUGGGCUUCUUGGGGAUUGUCUCCUGUAAACCCUGCAAAGAAACAUGUGAGGGGGUGGACUGUGGCCCAGGGAAGGUGUGCAAGAUGAAGAAUGGCCGGCCGCAGUGUGUCUGCUCACCUGACUGCUCCAACAUAACUCGCAAGCAGCCGAUCUGCGGCAGCGAUGGGAACUCCUACCGUGAUGAGUGCGCCCUCCUGCUGGCCAGGUGCAGGGGUCACCCUGACUUGGAGGUCAUGUACCAGGGAGAGUGCAAAAAGUCCUGCUCUAAGGUGGUGUGCCCAGGUACCCACACCUGUGUGACGGACCAGACUAACAGCGCCCACUGCGUCAUGUGCCGCACUGCCCCCUGCCCAAUGCCCAUGGCGUCUGAGCAGCCCAUCUGCGGCAACGACAACAUAACCUAUCCCAGUGCCUGCCACCUCCGCCGGGCCACAUGCUUCCUGGGUCGCUCCAUAGGCGUACGCCACUACGGCCACUGCACAAAUGCCCCCAAGCACACUUCGGAGCGUGAGGGUAGUGAGGAGAAUGCACUCUAGAGAGCCAUCUCACGCAUACUCCAUCUUGGUUCAGAAGAUGGCUCUGAGGGGGGCAAAAAAUGAGUUUGUCUUAUAUAUUGUUUUAUAUUUCCCACAGAACUAAGCUCAUAUUUGAGAUGUUUUAUAGCUUUUUUGCUGGGUAACAGCCCCCCCACCUCCUCCCCCAUUUAUGACAUGAUAGUACCUGUAAUGUGGGAUAUCCUCUGGGAAACUGCUUUUGAGCACAUUUACUUUUUAAAUAACGCAUUUAGGCAUUGUUUUUUCCGCCUGAAGUAAAUUACUAUUUUAGAUGCAUGCAGUUUAUAUUUUAUGGCGUGUUUUUGCUUUCCUUUCUGUCUGCAGCCUAAAUCUAGGGAGAAGGGAGGGCAUGUAUCUUAAAAAGAGAAGAGGUCUGGACAAGAGGGAGGAGGGCAAGAACUGUGCAUAUUGUAAAUAGAGGAACACUGAUAUUUAUUGGAGAAAUGGUAUUAAAUCUGUUCUAUUUAUGUUUUGUCAUGUAUAUGAAUCAUGUAUACAGAGAUAUCAGCUGCCUUCGGAUAUUUAUUGUCUUUAGUUUGAUUUUAGAUGUAUUAUACAGGUCCCAAUUUGACCUGCAUAAGUACUUUGGGAUUAAUGACAUUUUUUGUAUGUUUUUUUAAUACCCUGUGGAGCACAAGCCUUUAAAAAUCACCUUGUAAUGUUCUUCAGUUCAAACACUGCUCAGCAAGCAAUCCAAAUUGGUUUCUGCAUUUAAGGCUGUUUAUCGGGAACGAUACAGCAAACGUUCAGUUCCCUGAAACCGUGGCAGAAAUAUUUUUCCUUCUGCUUUUCUGUUGUCUGGAGGUAAAGGAACAUCCUGCCAAAAUAAAAGUAUAUGUGUUUUCCAGCUCUGCCCCCGUGGAGCUCUUUCUCUGUUUAUGCUGGAAUUAAAUCAAAACUUUGACCCACCCACCAAUUGCAAAUUACAGCCUUGAUACAAAGAGCAGCUCUUUUGUUUGACAAUGAGCUGUCAGAACUAGGGCACAGUGCAUCCACUUUUGAAGCUGGGUCAAAGAUUUUAUGUCGUGGUCCUUAUUUAAUUUACCUUUAAAUUAAUUACAUCAUUGACACAUGCUUCUUAUAUAGUCUGCAUUACCUUGUCAGCUAAAAUGUGUGACUGUGAAAUGUCUCAGAAAUUCACUUUGCUCUCUCAUACAUUACCUGAUUUUAAAUGAAUGCUGCUCAAUGUAUUUUUGAAAGUAUUUGAUAAGGAACGCGCAGAUGAUCCUUAAAGAAAUAAUCUUUCAUUUUACUGAUGAAUGUUUGGCGACUGGCAAUCAACUGUUGUGUCAUGUGAAUGGGUUGAAGUGCCUUUGACAUUAUUUUGAUCAUUUUACAUGCAUUAUGAAUUGUGAUUGAUCCAAAAAGUUUUUGUCUCAGACCAUAUAUUACAGUAUUUGCUUGUAAAUACAGCUGCAUUUACAAUACCUGUGUAUCUACUGUGAGAUUUAAUUUACAAAUGUAUCAACUUAUUUUUGUAUUUUU